AUGUCCCUGAAUUCGGAAAUAUCAGCUUCCAGCAGCUCCGGCAGAGAUUGGUUCUUCCCCUCACAAAACCCCCGCCGAUUAUACUCUGAACCAAAGCCUCACCCUACUCCCACCCCAGGAAUUCGCCGUCGCCGCAUUAAGUUCCCUCGGACACCUACUCCCACCAACGAUAAAGCUCCUCAGACUUCCGAUGAUGCAAAAAAAGUUGCUGUCCCGCAGUUUCGUUUCCAGUUUGCCCUAGCGACUUUCACUAUUGCGUUUUUCUUGCUUCUUCUACUUGUCCGACUAAAUUACUUGCAGGCUCAAAUUCUCGGACUUAAUCUCAGAUUACACGCCUGCCAUAAGUUGGACACCUUCACAACUGAACCUACUUCGCCUGCAAACUUCACCAGAAACCUUUCCCUUACUUUCUCCUUCACACUUGUACUUAUCCCUAUCAUCUUUUUUAAGUACGUUGACUAUCUCUCCAAAUCAACAUGUGCUGACAAUAUAUCCCAACAAGUUUCUCUAAACAAGCUAAUUGCCUACCGCCUUGAUGUCUUUUUAUCCGUCUACCCAUAUGCUAAACCCCUUGUUUUGUUAUUUGCAACACUUUUACUCAUCUUUAUUGGAGCCUUGGCCCUUUUUGGUGUCACUUCCCAUGAUUUACUGCAUUGCCUCUGGCUCUCUUGGACUUAUGUUGCUGACUCUGGUAAUCAUGCCAAUUCCCAUGGAAUUGCUCCAAGGAAGGGAAAAAGUCAAGUGGUUGAGCUAAAUCAUACUUUGAUUCUUGGUUGGAGUGAUAAACUGGGUUCAUUGCUAAAUCAACUUUCCAUAGCCAACGAGAGUCUCGGUGGAGGAACCGUUGCAGUGAUGGCUGAGCGAGACAAGGAACAAAUGGAGCUUGACAUUGCAAAAAUGGAGUUUGACUUCAAAGGAACAUCUGUCAUAUGCAGAAGUGGCAGCCCCUUGAUUUUGGCUGACCUGAGAAAGGUUUCUGUUUCAAAGGCACGCUCUAUAAUUGUCCUUGCUGAAGACGGGAAUGCCGAUCAGAGUGAUGCCAGAGCUCUAAGAACAGUCUUAAGUCUGACUGGAGUCAAAGAAGGAUUACGAGGGCACAUAGUAGUUGAACUUAGUGAUUUGGACAAUGAAGUCCUUGUUAAACUUGUGGGCGGUGAUCUUGUUGAAACUGUUGUAGCUCAUGACGUCAUUGGUCGCUUGAUGAUUCAAUGUGCUCGGCAGCCUGGACUUGCACAGAUUUGGGAAGAUAUACUUGGUUUUGAAAAUUGUGAAUUCUACAUCAAAAGAUGGCCGCAGUUGGAUGGCAUGCAGUUUGAAGAUGUAUUAAUCAGCUUUCCUACUGCAAUUCCAUGUGGAAUCAAAGUUGCAUCAUAUGGUGGUAAAAUCAUUUUGAACCCUGAUGACUCCUAUGUUAUGCAAGAAGGAGAUGAAGUUCUGGUGAUUGCAGAAGACGAUGAUACCUAUGCCCCGGCGUCCUUUCCUACGGUAUGGAGGGGAAGCUUACCCAAGGAUUUUGUUUAUCCAAAGUCUCCAGAGAGAAUACUUCUUUGCGGUUGGAGGCGUGAUAUGGAAGACAUGAUCAUGGUUUUGGACGCAUCUCUAGCACAUGGGUCAGAGCUCUGGAUGUUCAAUGAUGUUCUAGAAAAGGAGAGGGAAAAGAAGUUAACCGAUGGUGGCCUUGAUAUAAAUCGGUUGGAAAACAUUACACUAGUUAAUCGUGAGGGGAAUGCUGUUAUACGUCGUCACUUGGAAAGCCUUCCAUUAGAAUCAUUUGAUUCAAUAUUGAUUUUGGCAGAUGAGUCAGUUGAGGAUUCAGCCAUUCAAGCUGACUCUAGAUCUCUUGCCACUCUACUUUUAAUCCGUGACAUACAAGCCAGGCGUCUUCCUUAUGUAGCUAUGGUAAGUGAGGCUCAUGGAGGAAGCUUUUCAAAAGGGUCAUGGAUUGGGGAAAUGAAGCAGGCCUCCGAUAAAACAGUUAUAAUUAGUGAAAUUUUGGAUCCUAGGACAAAAAACCUUUUGUCUAUGUCAAAAAUUAGUGAUUAUGUUUUAUCAAAUGAGCUUGUGAGCAUGGCUUUGGCGAUGGUUGCAGAAGAUCGGCAGAUAAAUGACGUAUUGGAGGAGCUGUUUGCGGAGCAGGGAAAUGAAAUGCAUAUACGACAAGCAGAUGUAUACCUCCGUGAAGGUGAAAAAUUGAGUUUGUAUGAAAUAAUGUUAAGAGCUCGAGAAAGGAGAGAGAUUGUGAUUGGAUAUCGUUUAGCAAAUGCAGAAAGGGCGGUUAUUAAUCCUCCGGCGAAGAGUGAGAAACGGAAGUGGUCGGUGAAGGAUGUUUUUGUGGUGAUUACUGAAAAGGAAUGA